AGUCACGGAGUGCGUGAAAAAGUUUGUGAGGCUUGAGUGUUGGUGUCAUCCUGCUCAUCUCUCGUGACAGGAGCCCGCUGGACCUUAACGCCGACUGAAAUCAGCCUUGGAGUCACCUCCCUUCUUCUGGUAUUACUGGUUCCAGCUUUCCGUGAGCUGUCAGAGGUUUAUCAUUCUGCAUAUGAGUGUUUGGGCUCCAGCGAGUGGAGUUCAUGCUUGUUUGGUCUGACUGUAUUAGUGCAGGUCAGAGGAACAACAGCGUGAGAGGGCGAGGAUAUCAAAGAUCUUUUCCUUGGAGGAGUCACUGAAGAGGUCUUGCUAAAAGAACAACUUGCUGAGGGUGUUUUCAGCAUUUCUCUCACCUUUGUCUUUAUCUGCUGGCUGGGAUGAGGGGGCUUAGGAGCCUUAUUGUCGGGCUCCUGUUGGCCUUCUUUUCCACUGCCUUUGGUCUUUAUUUCCCUCCUCACGUGGAGCAGCUGCCAACCAUCACCGCUCAGACCUCAGGCUCUCUCAUUGCCUUGCCAUAUGAUGAGAACUUCCUGUUCAAGUGUGACGCCAAAGGCAACCCAAGACCUACGUACCGCUGGACGAAAGAUGGGAUGGAUUUUGACUCGCAUAAAGACUCUCGGCUCAUUAUAGAAGAAAGUAGUGGGACCUUUUUGUUACCCAACACUAAAGAAAAAACUAAAUACCAGGGAAAGUACAGAUGUUAUGCCUCAAACAAGCUCGGAACAGCAAUAUCAGAGGAAUCAGAAUUUAUUGUGCCUAUGGUUCCCAAGUUUCCCAAGGAGAAGACAGAGCCAGUGGUGGUCACAGAGGGCGAUUCGGUGGUUUUGGAGUGUAACCCGCCACAAGGCAUUCCACCUUGGCAGCUGUACUGGAUGACCAAUGAUCUUCGACACAUUGAGCAGAAUGAGAGGGUGUCCAUGGGCCUCAAUGGGAAUCUGUACUUCUCUAAUACACUGGUGUCAGAUAGCCGCGAUGACUACUGCUGUUUUGCCUCCUUUUCCAGGAUACGCACAAUCGUUCAGAAACCACGCUUGGUCCUGAGGGUCAAGCCAAGCCAGGGGGAUGAUGACAUCACAAGUGUUCAGAAGAGGAAGCCGAGCAUUUUGGUGCCCUCCAGUCAUUCAACGACAUACAUAAAAAAAGGAGAAGAGCUGGAGCUGGAGUGUAUCGCAGAAGGACUGCCUACACCGGGGGUAGAAUGGAUCAAGAUGUUGGAAAAUUUACCAACCCGUACACAAAUCAAGAACUAUGGAAAGCUUCUGACUAUAUCAAACGUCACAGAUCAGGUUGAAGGGACAUACAUGUGCAAAGCCAAGAAUGAUCUUGGUGAAGCUGAGCAUCAUUUCCAAGUUGUUGUGGAGGAGCCGCCUAGCUGGCAGGAGGAGCCAGUGAAGAGUCAGUUAGCAGAGAUUGGAUCUGACAUCCACAUCAAGUGUUCUGCUAGAGGAAAACCACAACCCACAAUCACCUGGAAGAGAAAUGGCCAGCCUCUUGAUGAUUUUCCUUCUACCAAUUACAAAGUGCUUGAUGACAGAAUAAUCAUCCUCAGAGCGGAGCAGAGAGACACUGCAGUGUACCAGUGUGAGGCCUCCAACAGACAUGGGACCCUACUUGUCAAUGCUAAUGUGCUUGUCAUGAAUCAUCCCCCUUUGAUUCUGACGCAGAAUUAUCUGGAGUACGCAACCAUGUUAGGCAAGAGUGUGAUUAUGGACUGCAGAGUCUUUAGCUCACCACCUGCCACCAUUAACUGGAGAAGAGAAGACCCAGAGGGCUCUCUAGAUGGAGAGAGAUAUUCUCUCCUGAAGAAUGGCUCCCUGCAGAUUCACAAAGUCGAGAUGGAAGAUAUGGGCCAGUACAAAUGUUUGGCAAACAGCUCCGAAGGCACCAUGAGCCUCACCACUGAACUUUUCAUUAAAGAUUCAACGAGGAUCGUAGAACCACCUCAAGACAUGAAGGUCAAAAGAGGAUCAAUGGCAGAGCUGGAGUGCCAGGUGGAGUGCGAUCCCACCCUCAGAAGAGAGCUGGAGAUCUUGUGGAUGAAAGAUGGGAUGAAUAUCCUCUCAAACUUCUCUGAAGGAUAUUUCACAGAUGAUGGAAUUCUCCAGAUUGUCAAUGUGAGCCACAGUGAUCAAGGGAAUUAUACCUGUGUUGUUCGAACAUCACUGGACCAAGAUACAGCUUCUGCAUACAUAACUGUGUUAGAUGUUCCAGCUCCACCGGUUCAACUGACGCUCUCUGAGCUGAAAGACCGCAGUGUGAGGCUCCAGUGGGUGGCUGCCAGUGAUCAUAACAGUCCCAUAACAGAGUUCAUCAUCCAGUAUGAAGAGAACCACUGGGAGCCGGAGAAGUGGAAGGAGAUUAUACGAGUUGCAGGCAGCCAGUUCUCAGCCCCCUUGACGCUCUACGGCCACAUUAACUACCAGUUCAGAGUCAUCGCUGUCAAUGCUAUCGGAAGAAGCCAUCCCAGCAUGCCCUCCAAAAGAUAUAAGACACCUCCUUGCGCCCCCGACAGGAACCCAGAAAACAUUAAGAUUGAGGGUCACCUGCCACAUCAGAUGGACAUCAGCUGGGAGCCGCUCUUGCCUGUGGAGCACAACGGUCCCGGUCUGGAAUACAAACUGAGUUACAGGCUCCUGGGUGUCGAGGACAGUUGGAAAGAACAGAUGAUGAAGAGACACUCAUUUGUGGUGCGAGACACCCAAACAUUCGUCCCUUACGAGGUCAAGAUCCAGGCCUUCAACAGCCACGGUUGGGCACCAGAACCCAGAGUGGUGACUGGUUAUUCCGGGGAAGACUUGCCCUUGGCGGCUCCUGAAGACAUAUCUGUGGAGGUGUUGAACUCUACACUGCUGAGGGUCAGCUGGUCACCGGUGCCCCAAACCGCCCUGAGGGGCCAUCUUGGAGGAUACACUGUCCACUGGUGGCAAACACAAAGUCUGUUGAACUCUAAGAGAAUUCCCUCAGAGAGACAGUCUCUCACCAUCCCUGGAAACAGGAGUCACACCAUGGUGCCGGGACUGAAGCCAUUCUCUGAAUAUAGCCUGACUGUCAACAUCUUUAACCGGAGAGGGAAUGGGCCCAGCAGCAGUCCCAUCUCUUUCACAACUCCACAGGGAGUUCCUGAGCAACCUCCCAUCCUGAGAGCCACAAACUUUCAGAAAGACUCCAUCACGCUGGUGUGGGCGCCUCCGCAUGAAACCAAUGGCUUUCUCACGGGAUACUUGCUGCAAUAUCAGACAGUUAAUGAGACUCUGGGUGAGCUGAAAUCUGUGAACAUCAAUGCACCAGAUACAACACAGUGGGUCUUGCGUGAUCUGCAGGAUGACAACUGGUAUAAGUUCUACCUGAGCGCAUGCACGCAGGUGGGCUGCGGGUCAGCCAUCAGUGAGGAAGGAGGCACCAUCUCUGAAGCGUUUACAAUGCCCAAGCAUUCAUUUCCUGAAGUUUCUACAGUCUCAGCUGAAACGUCAACAGAGAGCUAUGAACUGUCGACAUCUGAGGUGACAUCAUCUGACUUGAGACAACCUUUCUCUUUCACCUCAUCUAAUACAGACACUCCUUCUGUCAAUGCAACCUUUCCUACCUUAGUUGUGCUCAACAUAUCCACCUUUGUAAGUGACACCUCUGCAAGAAUCAGCUGGAGAACCAGAGGAGAACGUUCUGAUUCACAGCUCUAUGUUGCCAUAAUGAAUCACCGUGAUGGUAUCUGGCAGCUUUCAGAGGCUUUAAAUACAUCUAAAUGUUUCCACCUCGUUGAAGGGCUCAGCCCAGGAACUGUGUACACAGUCCGGCUGCAGGCUUCACACAGGGUUGAUGACCCUAGCAUUUUUGAAGAGGUUUUCAAGACCAGGAAAGUGUCUAGUAAACAUCUCGUGGCAUCCCAGGAGUGGUUUGUGGCGAUCAUGUGCGCAGUGGCUUUACUAACUCUGCUUGUCCUCAUCGGCUGUUUUGUACUCAAGAACAAAUUCGGCAAGUACGCAGUGAAGGAAAAGGAGGAAACUCCCGCUGAUCCUGAAGCUCAAGCCAUGGGCGAAGAAUCCCCCUGCGAGUACAGUGACAAUGAUGAGAAGCCGCUGAAGAGCAGCCAGCAAUUGUUCACAGACAUCAAAGAGGAUGAUAGCAGUGAGGACAGCUCUACGAUGUCAGAGGACGAUGGCUCUGAGUUCGACGAAGAUGGGUCAUUUAUCGGCGAGUACUCGGGGUUCAAGCGCAGGGUGUCCACAGAGGUGAACGGACACCCCCCGUGACCUCUUAAUGCUGGUUCAAUCUUAGGAACUUUUAAACAAUUUUACAGGAAACCGAAAAGCUUGUUUGUAUGAUGUGCCAUGAAUUUGCCUAAGUUUUUUAGGAGUUUGCUUUUGCGUGAAUGGCCACUUCUUUACAGUAUUAAUAUGAAGGGUGAUGACAGGUUAUAGUUCUGGCCAACAUGAAAAUUAUGCCAUCAUUUACUCAUCGCUCUGGUGUUUCAAACCGGUAUGACUGACUUUUUGAGACAUUUAGCAGAAUGUUCACGCUGCUCUUUCCUUACAAUAAAAAUAAAUGGUGACCAAGAACUGCAAAGCUCCAAAAAAGGACAAAAACAUGUCUAUACCCUUGUAAAAAAGAAGUACACUUCAACAAAUAAAAAAAAAUGUAAUUAUGGAAAUACAAUACUUUAAAAUAAUAUACUUAAGUGCAACUGACUGCAAUGUUUUGUAGUGGCCACUAUUUGAAUGUUAUUUGCAGUUAGUUUAGUAGUUAAAUUUCUAUUAAAUCCAUUUGAAUUUAAGAGUAUUUCUUGACCCACUUAAGUAGGACUUAAGUACAUCUUUAUA